AAAUUGCAAUGGAUGGAAAUAUAGUGAGAUCACAAUUAACACGGCAAUCGUAUUCACAUCAAUCCGUGAUUGAACUCCUCGUUGAGAGCCUUCAAAAGGAUUCCAAUAAGAAUUGUUUAAUCGAUUCGACAUCACAGAGGAAAUGGAGUAGAAGUGAAGUAUUGGAUUCGUGUCUCAAUUUCGCGUAUUUUCUCGUAAAUGACUGCAAACUCACAAAAGGAGAUAUCGUUUGCUUCGUCGCCAAUAAUAACGACAUUCACGGCAUCGGUAUUCUUGGAGUUCUGGCGGCCGGAGGUGUCUAUUGUUCACUACCCAGACAUGCGACACAAUUUUACUGUAAGAAAGUAUUGGUUUUCAAUGAAUUAACUAAAACUCAACUCAACCUCAACUGUCCAACCGUGGAGUCGGCGAUACAAUCGGUGCGCUUGGAUGACACGGUCCUCCCGGUGCGCACCGGUCUCGACGAUACGGCAACACUGGUUAUGAGCAGUGGUUCGACGGGAACUCCGAAAGCUAUUAUACGAACAAAUCGUAAUCUAUUGGCUAUUAUGGCAAUAACACAACACCCGGAGGUAUGUCCGCUCACUGGCGACGAUAUUAUGCUGUCGACCGGUUUUUGUCAUAUGUGUGGACAACGCAGUCUGCUUUCGAGUAUCGGUUUCGGCGCUCAGUUAGCCGUUUGGGGUGAUGUUCACACCAACGAAGCCAUAAUGGAAGGCAUUCACGACUUAAGUGUCACCAAUAUCUUCACGGUUCCCACGGAAUUGAAUUUUCUGAUCAAAAAUAAUGACAAAUACGACAAAAAGUAUCUUAAAAGCUUGAGAGAUGUAUUUUGUGGCGGCGCAGUCCUCACAGGGAAUACCUAUCGGAAAACUAUGGUGACCCCUGGAUACCUGGGUUAUUCCGGUGAUUUCAAAGCGGAACACCUAACUAGUGAUGGCUUUUUCAAGACGGGAGACCUGGGAUACUAUGACUCAAAUGAUUAUUUCUAUUUUGUUGGCCGCAGUAUUCUCAUAUCUCCCGUGGAAUUGGAGAAUAUUCUGGUGACACACGAGUCGGUUGUGAAUGCGGCGGUCAUUGGUGUCGAUGACUCGGAGGACGGGGAGGUGCCCAUGGGGUUUGUCACCGUCAGGGAUGGCUGUGCUGUUGGGGAACAGGAACUCAUAGAUUAUGUGAACGAACGCGUCAAUCGUAUCAAACAAAUGAGAGGUGGA